AUGGCUACCGCCGCAAUGGACUACGAGACCGCCGAUGGUGAUCGCUUCGAUGAUGACGGCCCACGUUACGAACGUGAUCAGCGCAGUGCCUCUCCUCGCGCCUCGCGUGAUGAUGGCCACGAUAGCCGCCGUCGCUCUGCCUCGCCCAAUGGCCAUGGCGACCGCACCAUGAAGGACGACAACAGCAGCCGGGACGAUGAUGGUGCCAUCAACCCUGGCUCCAACCUCUUCGUGACUGGCAUCCACCCCAAGCUGACUGAGCAGGAGGUUACUCGCCUCUUUGAAAAGUACGGCGAAGUGGAGAAGUGUCAAAUCAUGAGAGAUCCCCAUACCAAGGAGUCUCGCGGGUUCGGAUUCGUCAAGAUGGUUACAUCUGACCAAGCCGAUGCUGCCAAGGAUGGCCUCCAAGGUGAAGUCAUUGAGGGUCGAACCCUAAGCAUCGAGAAGGCCCGCCGUGCUAGGCCCCGAACUCCUACUCCUGGCAAGUACUUUGGCCCGCCGAAGCGAGAUGGUCCUGGUCCCCGUGGAGGCCGCUUCGACGAUCGCCCACGCCGAGGCGGAGGCUACGGUGGUGGUGGCUACGGAGGCGGUCGUGAUGACCCGUACCGAUACCGCGGCGGCGGUGGAGGCUACGGCCGCGACUAUGACCGUGGCUCCGACCGAGGCGCAGACCGAAGCUACCGUGAGGAUCGUGGCUACGACCGUGGCUACCGUGAGGACCGUGGCGGCUACAGAGGAGGUGGUGACGAGUACAGACGUGAUCGCGGUGACGAUGCCUACGCCGGUGGCCGCAUUGACCGAUACGCCGGCGGACGAGAAGACCGUGGUGAACGCUAUGCCGGCGGCCGUGGCGGUGAUGAUCGACGUGCCCCAGGCGGUUACGAUCGCGAGCGUGGUAGCUACGAACGUUCUGAGCGCGACGCCCCGCGCGCCCGUGAUCCCGCUCCUACUGGCUACGGCGAAUCCACAUCUCGACCGGACGCCCGCGAGACCUAUGGAGGUGCGCCUUAA